AUGCAUUUAUCGUAUCGUUUAAUAAACACUGCUUUACUUGUUCAGAGUGUGUUCGCUACCGGGACUAAUGACCAAGUCGAACCUGACAUCGAUUAUGGCAGCUUUCAAAAUCCCUCAUCCAAUGUGCGACCACGUUUCCGCUACUGGGUGAAUGAUGCAUCCAUGAACCUGAGCGUGGUAGCAGAAGACGUAAAGGCCAUGGGUAAAGCUGGGGCAGGUGGGCUUGAGUUACUCGGUUAUUAUCUGUAUGGAGAUUCGUCGAAUCUAGAUGGACAACUACAAUGCCCCCUGCAAACAGAUUGGACUAUAUUCGGUUUUGGAAGCCCUGCCUGGAAGGAUCUAGUCGACACUGUCCUGACGGCGGCAAAAGAAUGUGAUCUACUCGUGGACUUGGCCAUUGGGCCAAACCAAGGUGCUGGUGUUCCGGCGCCCUACAACGAUGGUGGCCUUUUGUGGGAUUUGGCCGGGUUCAACUCGACAUUGUCCAGCGACGAAGGCUUUGAUGGAAUUGUCAACUCGACCAGUCCAAGCAAUGAUACAUACAAAAUACUAGCGGAAAGCUCGUUACUGGACGUCACAAAUCUCGUCAGCUCCAAUGGGCAUCUUCAGGUCAAAGUAAACGAUACUGCAGGAGGUUCUAAGUAUCUUUUCACCUAUUAUUUGGUUCAUUCCGAAUAUCGUGAGGUCCAGAGUCCUGCUGAUGUUACGGCCGCUGUCCCUCAAUCGCCCGUGACGACUUACCCGCAGAACGGGUCAUGGGUUGUGGAUCAUUUCUCUUCCCAAGGCGCGUUGGCAGUUGUAGACUUUUGGAGACAGUCAUUGCUGGACAGCGAGACAGGCGCACUGAUUCGUGAAGUGGGCAAUUACCUCUGGGAAGAUAGCCAGGAGUUCACCGUCUCCACAUUCUGGACUCCGCGCCUCCAAGAGGUGUUCCAAGCCAACCGAGGCUACAGUAUCAACAGAUUCAUUCCACUUCUGAUUGGAUCUGGAGGCGGAUCGAUUCCAGAUAUUACCUAUGUUACUGAUGAGCUUGAUGCAGGUGCCAGUCAUACAAUGGACUAUCAGCAAACACUCACAGAACUGAACGCCGAGUAUCUCACGUCUUUAAAACAAUGGAGCAAUGACCUUGGUAUCCAAUUCUCCGCACAGGUAGUUUACAAUCUGCCUAUGGACAUGCUUGCCAACGUACCCUACGUCAACGGUCCCGAGUGCGAGACACUAGGUUUCAGCGAUAAUAUUGACAGCUACAGGCAAUUUGCAGGUCCCGCGCAUCUUGCUGGGAAGCGCAUUAUCACCAAUGAGGCUGGCGCAGAGUUGUCGAAAGUCUACCAGGAAUCCAUACCUGAGCUCUUGUGGACCCUGAAACGUUCUUUUGCCGGCUCCGUCAACCAGUUUGUGCUUCACGGAUACCCAAACUCUGGAAAUUACGGAAACACAACGUGGCCCGGGUUUACAACAUUCUCGUAUCUGUUUUCAGAAAUGCAUGGUCCUCGUCAGCCGGCUUUUGCUUAUUACAGUGAUUUUCUCGAUUGGCUCUCCCGGAACCAGUUCGUGGAACAGACAGGUAUCCCUAAGGUGGACAUUGCCUUUUGGUCGAAGUCUACCACAUACAAGACUGUGCCAACUGUUUACAGUCCUGUCGAUUUACAGAGCGCAGGCUAUACAUAUGAAUACCUAAGCCCUGACAACUUUGCGCUACCCGGGGCGUUCGUCUCCAAUGGCACUUUUGCACCUAACCAGCAGGCCUUCAAAGCCCUCGUUGUGCGAGCAAACGAGACCCUGACAGCGUCUGGAGUUGCGAAACUUGUUGAAUACGCUCAUUCCAAGCUCCCGAUUAUCUUCUCCGGUGGACUGCCAUCGAACUUCAGCGGGUACAAUCCAGAAGCUGCAAGUCUAGCCGUCAGCACAAUUAAGAACCUAACUUCUUCAAAUAACGUUCACAUCGUACCGUAUGACAACCUGGCGGCAACACUCAGAUCUCUAGGCAUACUUCCGCGUACGUCCGUGAGUGCGAACCGCACCUGGUACACCACUUGGCGGCACGAUACAAAGACACUUACGGACUAUGUCUAUGUGUACAAUGAUGCAGCCGGUGUUCCAUUUGGAGGUGGUAUUUCAUCAGGAACAAUAUCCUUCGAGACAACGGGAACGCCCUUCCUCUACGAUACCUGGUCCGGUGAUAUCAGCGCCUUGUCCAUCUAUCAGAAAUCGGAGAACCAUGUUACAAUACCUCUGACUCUGGCCGGAAACCAGUCCGUAAUCAUCGGUUUCCACAAGAACUUUCAGCCAACUCUUCACUUACAGAAUACAACAGGCGGAAUCCUAGGAGCAACUGGGAAUGCCACAUCCCUCACCGUUCUUAGAUCCGUCGAUCAGGAAUCUCGGGACAUCUAUCUUUCGAAUGGCAAGUCCGUGACCCUAGGCCCGAUGCUAACGCCUACAAUCACGCUUGGCAACUGGACACUGAUAGUCGAGUCAUGGACGGCGCCUUCGGACCUUUACAACGUCGAGUUGGGGCCGAAACGCACUAACCAAACGUUUGAUCUUCCGACUCUACUGCCCUGGAACCAGGUAUCGGCGUCUCUAGCCAAUGUUUCUGGAAUCGGAUACUACUCGACAACGUUCGACUGGCCUCCGCAGGCUACCAAUGGCACGGUAUCCGGCGCGAUAAUCGAUGUUGGGCCCAUUGUGCACACGGCACGCGUCACCGUAAAUGGACACGUGCUGCCACCGGGAGAAAUCACUUGGGCAAAGUGGGAUAUUGGGUAUUUCCUUCGACGGGGACAGAAUACGGUGGAGGUAGUUGUUAGUACCCCUCUGGGCAAUGUGCUACGGACAUACUGGGAUAAAUUGGAGACGAGUGGGAAACUUGCCACUGCCGUUGUCCCGUCGCCCCCGGAUGAGGCAGACUACGGAUUGAUUGCUCCAGUGAGAAUUAUUCCUUAUCGGAAAGACCAGGUUGCUUAG